GGGUAGUUGCAUUUGAAAGUCAAAUCCAAUCUCGGCCUGCUAUAAAAGCCACUUGGGUGGGUUACGACUGGACAGUGGCCAGUGAUCGAGUGGCCCAGGUAGUUACCCUCAUCAUGAAGAUCGUUUUUGCUACCCUGUUGGGCUACUUGCUCCUUGGACUGGUGCUGUCCCAUGCCAGCUUGGCAACUGCCGCAAAUGGAGUGAUUCCAACGUAUCCUGCAACGUAUCCAGUGCCCGCUGCUAUUCCCCGCCUGGUUCCCGUGGCCACCAGCCACCAGUUUGUCACUCGAAACUGGAAUCGCGUUCUCGUGCCUCCCGCCACGGUGGCCACUUAUCCGAACACCUACGUUAAGUACAGCGGAGGCUAUCCGGCGUAUCCCGCCUACCAUUAUCCCUAUGCCUCCACCUAUCCGUACACCUAUCCCUACUACUAUCCCACUUAUAACGUUGGAUAUGGCUACAAGGGUGUCUGGUGAUCGAAAUGUGCCACGUAUAUAGCCUACCUUUAAUAUAUUGUGAUAAUGUUCGACACCAAUAAAACUA